CCACUUCUUGGAGCGCAUCGAGGAGUGACAAAGGCCAAAACUUUCUCACCGGCGGCGCUCGUUCCCCAAUCCCCUCGCCGCCGUCGCCUUCGCCAUGCUCCGCCUCCGGAGCUGCGGCGUCGCGCACCUGCUCUCCUCUCCCAUCACCUCUCACGGCUACGCUCUCCCCCGACUCCUCUCCGCCACCACCGCCGUUUCCCCACCCACCGGAUUCGCCGUCGAGGAGUAUCUGGUCGACACCUGCGGCCUCACCCGAGCACAAGCGCUCAAGGCCUCCGCAAAGCUUUCCCACCUCAAAUCCCCCGCCAAUGCCGACGCCGUCCUCGCCUUCCUCGCCGGCCUCGGCCUCUCUAGCGCCGACGUCGCCGCCCUCGUCGCGCGGGAUCCCAAGUUCCUCUGCGCCGGCGUGGAGGCGACCCUGUCCCCCAUCGUCGUCGAGCUCACGGGCCUCGGGCUGUCGCGCUCCGAGAUCGCGCGACUCGUCCCGCUCGCUGCCGAGCACUUCCGCUGCAAGUCCGUCGUAUCCAAGGUGCACUACUACCUGCACCUCUUGGGCCCCUCCGAGAAAUUCCUCCGAGUAUUCAAGGGUAACCACCAUCUCCUCUCGCACAGCCUCGAGAAGGUGGUCAAGCGGAACGUGCGGCUGCUGCGGGAGUGCACGCUAGGUGCUUGCGACAUUGGCAAGCUGGCCAUCUCUUUGCCAAGGAUGCUCACCGCCAACGUGGAACAAAUCCGGGCCAUGGUUGCCUCUGCUGAGGCUUUAGGCGUGCCUCCUGGCUGUGCGAUGUUCAGGCAGGCUCUGCGGUCUGUUGCGUUAGUUAGUGAGGAGAAGAUCGCCACUAAAUUGGAUCACUUGAAGAAGGCAACAAGGUGGUCAGAUACCGAUGCCGGCAUUGCUGUGUCCAGGUGGCUGAGUGUGCUGAGUUUGUCCAAGGAAACGCUGCAGCGCAAGUCCGACUUCUUCAUCGCGGAGGUGGGAUUGGAACCGGCGUACAUUGCUCGUCGGCCAGCGAUGCUUAGUUUUAGCCUGGAGGGCCGGCUCAGGCCCCGGUACUAUGUUAUGAGGUUUCUCAAGGAAAAUGGAUUGCUAGAUCAUGACAGAGACUACUACGGUAUGGUCUUGUGCAGCGAGAAGGUGUUUGCGGAGAAAUUCAUAUGCCCUCACAAGGAAGCUGCGCCGCACCUCCCUGAAGACUAUGCUGCUGCUCGCAGAGGGGAAAUGCCGACUAAUUUCAGAUUUAUAUGAGCUAAUUUCGCGGAGGGGAACUUUAGCCUGGAGGUCCGGCUCAGACCCUGCUACUAUGUUUUGAAGUUUCUUAAGGAAAACGGAUUGCUCAAAGGUAACCCAAGCUAUUAUACAAUCGCCAACUUCACUGAGAAGGUCCUCACAAGGAAGCUGCACCGCACCUUGCUGAAGACUAUGUGGCUGCUUGCCGAGGAGAAGUGCCAACUAAUUUCAGAAUUACAUGAACCAAGAGCAUGCUAUGAAAAUUGGUAACUGUGUACGGUGCGACAAAUAAUAUGGAACUGAGGGAGUACUUCUGUGUACUUUGCCUAGCUGGAUGUUGGUUCUACACUUUUAGAUGCUGGUAUGGCCGUUGUUAACGCUGGGUUAAAGUGAUGAUUUGAAUCCUGAA